AUGUAUCGCACUGCUGGUGUGGCAGCUCAUCGAACACGUACCCUAUGGACCGGGGCGUGGGCGCGCCAAUCUGCAUUCACUCGGUUACGUUUAGACUUCUUGGACCACCUCUCAGAAAUCAACAAUAGCGAUCAUGAAGACGUUAUUGUCUUGGACGACGAGGAGAACGACAAUGACAGCGACGAGGAGCUCGUCGUCACAGGGAGCCGACAUGUCUCGCAAGACCAGACCCGAAAAGUGGUCGACAUCGACCAGGUCCAGCGAGUCGCGAGGGGACCGCUGAGGCUGCUUCCCGGGUACGAUGUCCAACUGGCGGAUCAAUCGUUUCUUCGAAUAGUGGAACACCUCCCUGACACCGGAAGGGGUGUUCGUAUUAGAGGGCCCCGACUCCUGUUUCAGAACCAGCCGGAGUUGUUGAUGCCAGAGAGGAAGCACGAGCUAGUCCAGCUCGUGAAGAUCAAUAACAAGAUGGAGGAGGAGUACACCACUGACACAGUAAAUGUGGAUCAAGUUGUGAGGAAUUGUACCGUUGUCUUCACAAAUCGAGAGUACAACGACCUCCACUACCGGAAACAUAUCGGAACAAUCACUGACGAUGAAGAUGACGCCCCCAUCUACUUUUGCCGAUGGAUGAGUGCUGACAGCAAUGUCGGCAUUGAAGGAAGAGACCCGUCAGGGCCACCGCUCGCUGGCAGAGACGAACGUAUUCGCGCCCACCAGGCGGACAAUGGCGCCCUCGUCACACCAGAAGGACCAGUCGAGUUCUCAAUCCCUGAUUCAGAGCUGCGCAGGCAAUGGCGGGGCGAACCCCGAUCGCCGGAUAAGGACUAUUCCUUCGGUGACACCUUCUGCGGUGCUGGGGGCACGACCGCAGGCGCAUUUCAAGCAGGCCUGAGGCUCAAGUUCGGCGUCGACUUCGAUGAGCAAGCCAUCCGUACUUAUAAAUACAACUUUGGCAUAAGCGGGACGAAGGCCAUGCGAUGCGACAUCUCGGAUUUCAUCAAGGCGGCCUCCAUGUCACCGGGGCGCUACCUGGUCGAUUUUUUGCAUAUGAGUCCUCCUUGUCAGCCAUUCUGCGGUGCGAACCGCAACCCGAACCUGCAAAUGAAUGAACAGAAUAUCCACUCCUUCGGCAAAGUGCCUGCCAUUUUAGAGAUCUGCAAGCCACGUAUUGUCACCUUGGAGGAGGCCAAGAGCCUGUUGGAUAUUGACAAGAGAGCGCAUUUCCGUGAUCUCAUCUGCUGGUUCAUCCGGAAGGGAUACAGUGUGCAGUGGAAAGCCGUCGAUCUGUCCAGGUAUGGCGUGCCUCAGACCAGGAACAGACUUAUCAUCAUUGCAGCAGGGCCAGGCGAGCAACUUCCUCCCUUUGUCCAACCGACCCACGGAACAGGACCAGGUCUGCUACCCCCGCCAUCAAUCAACAGAGCGAUCAACUCCAUUCCGGUCGACGCACCACAUCAAGAAGACAUCCCGCGGAUGCGUAAACUAGAUCGGGCCUAUUCAGGGGAAGGGCUGUGCAGAACCAUCAUGACGUCGGUAAAGCAACACCAUUACCAUCCUUGCGGCACUCGAAGAUUCAGUAUCCGCGAAUACGCGAGUCUGCAAACUUUUGCACACGAUUUCGUCUUUUCAGGAACCCUGCUUGAGAAGCUGCGGCAGAUUGGCAAUGCGGUUCCACCGUUGUUUGCUGAAACCUUGUUUAAACACCUGAAGGCAGCCUUGACGGCGGCGGACGAGGCCGAGGAUGGACGAGAGCGUUAG